AUGUGUUCUACUAAGACCAUCUGCGUGGCCAUUUUGUGCUUGGGCGUUGCUGCUGCUUCAGGUAAAAUACGAUGUUCUCAAUCUAUCUACCCUACCCACCCUCCCUAAUCUAUUUUGAGCCAAUUCAAAUUUUCAGCCCUCCACGGCUGGCACCCCCACCACGAUGAUCACCAUGACGAACAUCACGGCCACGGAUCCGACUGGUCGAACGAUCAUCACAACGCGCACGGCUGGGACGGUGACAAUCAUCACGACCACCAGGGCAAGCACGGCUUCAACAAAGGCGACGAGUCGGACUGGGCUCGGCUAGACUACGGUGGCCACAAGGCCCAGGCUUCCGGCGACGAAUGGCACUCCAACUACGGUCACGAGUCUGACGACGACCACGGUCACGAGGCCGGGUAUGCUCACGGUGCUGAACAUGGUCAUGCUGGGCAUGGCGGAUAUACUCAUCACGAUGACCAUCACGGUGAUCAUCAUGAUCUAGGACACGGUCAUCACGGUCUCGAACAUGGAAUUCACGGUCUGGAACAUCACGGAGAUGAGCACGGCUUCGAACACGGUCAUCAUGGGUUAGAGCACGGUCAUCACGGUCGAGAACAUUACGGUCUAGAACACGGACAUCACGGUCUGGACCAUCAUGAACUUGGUCAUGGACUAGAGCAUCAUGGUUUGGACCACCAUGCACUAGAACAUCACGGUGGAGAACAUCACGACCACUAUUAG